AUUACUCUCAAAUCAGACAAAAAGACAAAAACAACGUGAGAAUCGUGAAAAAUUUAAGUGUUUUUUAGAAAAAAUUCAAAAUAGUGAAAAAAUGGAGAUAUUCCAAACAAUUUGCCGCAUCUGCGAGUCCCAGGAGAACCUGUGCGAUCUGACGAACAAGCUGAACUUGGCCGUCGCGGACAAGCUCGCCUCGCUCACCACAAUUCGGAUCCAGGACGACGAUCCCCUACCCCGGUGCAUCUGCGUCCAGUGCGUCAACACGCUGAACGUGGCGUACGAAUUUCUGCUGCGCUGCGAAGCUGCCGAGCAGCGGCUGCAGGACCAGAUUCGGGCCCACUUGAAGUUGGAAGGGAGCGUGGAGGGGGAAUUGGUGGUGGAAGAGGAGGAGGAGGACGGCCGGACCGUCGAGUACGUGAUGGAGAUUCGGGAUGAUGUGGGUCUGCCGGAGGAGGAGGAGCAGGGAGAUGGAUUGAUUGUGGAGGCGCAGGAUCAGGAUUUGGAAGUGGAGGCACCGCUUGGAGAGGUGAUCGGGAUCAUUGAGGAGCAGAAGGUGGAGGGGAGUGAGGUUGAGAGCGGGGUGGACGUGCUAUACAGUGCGGUUCCGGUGAAGUACGCCAUUGAGGAGUAUCUGGAGGAGCAAGAAGUUCAGGAGGACGACAUUUGCUUCGAGCAGGAAGACGAAGAAGGGAGUUUGGAGGAGCCGAAGGUCGAACGGAACGCCCACGACAAGCGGUUCCACUGCGAAACGUGCGAGGCCAGCUUCGAGAAGUGCACGGAACUGUAUCAGCACGUGAAAACCCACGGCAAGGAGCGGUACAAAUGCCGAGAGUGCGACCGGUGGUUCUCCCGGCGGGCUCACCUCCAAAGUCACGAAGUCAUUCACACCGGCGAGCGUAACUUCUCCUGCCAGAACUGUCCCAACUCGUACAAGAGCAGUCGGAACCUGCGCCGACACAUCAAGAGUGUUCACCUGGGCGAGCGCCGGUUCGUGUGCGAUCUUUGCGGGAAGGAGUUUUCGCAAAAAACGGUCCUCGAAGCGCACCACUCGACCCACAUCCAGGAGCGCAACUACUCGUGCGAGACGUGCUGCAAGCGGUUCAAGUCCAACAAGCUGCUCAAACUGCACGCCGUACGGCACACGCGGCCGGAACAGCAAAGAAAUGACCGGAAGCCCAAGACGCUGGUGCCGGCCGAGUGCGACGUGUGCCACAAAAUGUACACGAAUCUGCGCAGCCACAAGCAGGUCCACUCGGAAGCGAAGAUCUUGUGCACGUUCUGCGGGAAGAACUUCAAGAUUAUGGCGCAUUUGAAGGUCCACCUGCGCAGCCACACCAAAGAGCAACCCUACGAGUGCCAACAGUGCAACAAAAAGUUCGGCUACGAAUCAUCGCUCAAGACGCACCUCCUAGUUCACAGCGACUCCCGGCCCUUCAAGUGCGAACAGUGCGACCAGUCGUUCCGCCAGCUGAACCACCUCAAGGGCCACAAGUUCCUGCACAGCGGCGAGAAGCCCUUCUCGUGCGUAGUCUGCAAGAAGGCGUUCGCACUGCGCGGUAACCUGACCAUCCACAUGCGCAUCCACGGCGACCCGUCCCCGUACCAGUGCCGGCUGUGCGGCGAGGCCAAGCGGUUGAACGACUCGAACGCGCUCAAGCGCCACCUGAAGGCGCAUCCGGGCGCGAAGCUAGUCAAGGCGGGCGAGCUGACGGUCAUUGUGGACGAGGAGGGGGAGGCGGGUGAGGAGCGAGAGGAGGGAGGUCAGGAGCAUGGGGCCGGGCCGAUCGAGAUCGAGAUGUUGCUGCUGGAGGGGGUGCGGGACGGCGUGGACGACGGGGAGGGGCUGUUGUUGGCAAGUUGAGAGGAAACAUUGGGUGGAAAGAGAAU